AUGACGUCGAUGACGUCUCUCGUUCCACGUCCUUUUCUGAAUCCCACCCCCCUACGUGUAGCGGUUACGUUUUUUUUUUGUCGAAACAGCCCAUUGAAGAGGAUCACCCAGACCCUGAAGGGACCCCCAUAACAGUUCAAGCUUCAGGGCCCCGAGAAAUAUAGGACCACCACUAGAAGUUUCCAGAAACAAAAUGGCAAAACCUGCAGUGGAAAACAAGCGAGUUCACCCCAGCAGGCGCGUCACACUCGCGGUUCAAGACCCUGCUUGUAAUUGGGUGACCACGCACUCCUCGGUGCCAGGGCUUUAACUGGCAGCUUGUGACGAAUACUUGGGCAUCUUGCUGGUUUAUUUCAUAGCCUCCACACCAUGCUGUCCACUGAAAGUCAACUGUGUCGAAUAACAACUGGGGGGGACUGGGCAGCCAGCUGGUUUACUGGUUUUGGUUUCCAUUUGUUUCUUGUAUGCUGACAUUCUGUUUGUUUGUAGUCUUCGUUAGGAUUCCACACUGAGAAGUUUCAUCUUAUUUGAUGUUUUCUGCAGCGAACUCCAACCACGGUCCUGUAUAGCAGAAGUCAGUGCUGGGAUUUCAUAUAGCGCCUUUCCAUCCCGAUGUCACGCUAUGCGUGUGCAGUAAUGCCAGUGUAAGAUGGGCUCUAGCAAAUGAGCAGUCCUGAUCACACAGGGAGACGGGGCAGUGCCAGGCACUUGGGGUACAGCAGUGUGCCACUUUCAAGAUGUGCGCCCUUUGUGUCUCUCACUACAGGUGUCCAGUAAGAGCAUUCAAAAAACCCCGACAAGCUGCGCGGCCCACAGCUGGAACAUGUCUGGCAUUCGCUGGGCAUCUCUGUCGGGCAAGGAGCGCCUGUACGGUGGGCUUUCAUCGAAGUCUGGGCUGUCCAGUGGCUGGUCACCCGAGCUCAGCUCCAGUCCGGAGAAAGAAGCAGAAGAAAUGGAGGAUCAGAGUGAAGAAGAUUCCAUUGCCAAGUGUGCAGGCAACACUGCUGGUCAAGAUGAAGACGCCAUGAGACGAGUUCCUCCAAGCCCAGUGCUGACUGAAAAGGAAAAAGGCCCCCCGACGCCGAUGUCCCUCAAGGGUGCAAACCUGAUCCCCCACACGCCCAGCGAGAGGAGCCCCGGAAGAGCACCACUGAAGCUGCACAUCCGAGUGUCGACUCUGAACGGGAGCCUUGGCGUCAGCAUUGCUGGAGGGAAGGGGUCCCCACCGUACAAGGAGAACAAAGAGGGAGUUUUCAUCUCUCGCAUUUCAAGGAGAGGAGCGGCAGACGUGGUGGGCAUCAAAGUUGGCGACCGAGUGUUGGAGGUGAAUGGAAUGAACUUUGAAGACGUCACUCACUACGAGGCGGUGAGUGCCCUGAAGAACGCCGGCAGCUCCAUCAAGAUUGUGGUCCUGAGAGAGGAGCCGACCAUCAUGGAGAAUCAGCAAACCGCUAAGCCGGAGGUCGAGGUGGCGGGCAGACUGAGGCAAUAUGAGCCGGAGGAGGAGGAGGAGGAGGAUGAAAGUGCCAGCUGGGGCUGUCCAUCAAAGUACAGCACUGAGUUUCAAUUGGACAACAGGGUGGUGGGCGGAGUCUGCAAUGGAGACACAGUGGGCUCCUCGAUGGCAGAAGACAACUUAACUGUCGACAGCCCAGAGGCUUCAACCACAAACAGUGGGGCUCCAGUUGUGAAAAGCACGAUGACGAUUCCCCGGAUCAUUCUUACGCACCCUUCAACUUCGGAUGAGGAUGUGGAGCAGCUGACCCAGGACCCCGACGAGGAUGAUCCCGAUGACCUUGAUGGUGCCGACACUCCGGAUGGCCCAAACUACUUCAAUCACGCCUUCUAGCCUCCUUCAAGGACCUCCGGCCCAGAGUGAGAUGGACUUUGUUGGGCACAUUGGUGUAAAUAUGUCAUGAAAAAUUAAAUACGCCUUACUAGGAGAUACACGUGGGAGGGAAACGAACCAAAACAUCUGCAGGAGUCACAGCGAUCACAAUCAUGUGUGCCAUCUGGAUUGUGUCAAUAAAA